UCUUAUUCUAGCUCUCACAACAUUUCCCCUUGUUUUUUACACAAACUUGAUGUAAUCUUAUCUUUGGUUAUUGCAUGUCCUUUGACACUUUUAUGUAGAUGACAUUAGGGGAGAUAUUGCCUAGUUGUAUAGGACGCUAGCAUGUCCACGCAACGGGGAACACCGUAAAUAUCCUCUCCAACCAUGCCUAUUCUCGUCACUCUCCAUAUCAAUGUCCACACAAUACAUACACCAAAUAAAUAUAUAUAUUAAAACCUUCACUACACCCCUCUCUCAAAGUCACACAAAAACCACACAAGCAAGAAAGAAAGAAAGAUGGAGAACUCAUCAUCUUCAAACUAUCUCUACCGAGAGUGCCUCCGCAACCAUGCAGCCAGCCUGGGCAGCUAUGCCACGGAUGGCUGCGGGGAGUUCACCCUCGACGCGGAUAGCGUCUCGUCCCCUUCCCUCCAGUGCAUGGCCUGCGGCUGUCAUCGCAACUUCCACCGCAAGGUCACGUGCCCUGCGGUGGAAGGGCCGCAGGUCGUGACUGGAGGGAGCGGAGACAUGAUGGAGUAUUCAGGAGGGGAGGGAAGAAUGGAGAUGGGAGAGAGGAGUGGUGGAGGAAGCAGCAAGAAGAGGUUCAGGACGAAGUUUAGCGCUGAGCAGAAGGAGAAGAUGUUGGGGUUUGCGGAGAAGCUAGGGUGGAAGCUGCAGAGGAAAGAGGUGGAUGAUGAGAUUGAGAGGUUCUGUAAGAGUGUGGGAGUCACUAGACAAGUUUUCAAGGUGUGGAUGCAUAACCACAAGAACAAUUCUAACUCUUCUACUAAUUCUUCUGUUAAUCUCUCUUCUCUCACUCAGUCAUGAUCCCACUUCCUAAACUUAAUUAGAGGGAGAGAGAGAUGCAUGUAUCUUAUUAUUGCUAUUUUUAAAAUAUUUUCUUCUCUUUUUUUUCUUUUCUUUUUCUUUUUAAAUCGAGGCUUGGAAGUAAUGAUUUUGUAAUUUAUCUAUAUCCUUGAUGCAUGCGUUAGUAUACAUUUGUUUUUUAUUUUUCUUUUUGAGUUUUUUACUUGAGGAAAAAUAAGGAG